AUGAAGAUCACCUCACUGCUCCUCUCGCUGCUCAUCGCACCCCUAGCCGCCAACGCGGCCCGCCAAGCCAAACCAAAGGCAUCCUACUUUGACCCGCCCGGGAACCUGAGGCUGCUCGGGUACUUUGAGAUCGAAGGCAUCUGCAUCUGCCGACUGGUCCAGGACCCCCAGCUCAAUGGAAGCCGGUACCUGACGUGCAACACGUACCUGGAGUACCCGAACAAGUGGAACAUCUACGACGGCUCGAAAAGCCUCUUUUCCGGCGGCGUCGAGCCCAAACGCGACGUCCUUUGUCUAAACGAUGGGUCCUUCGCGCUGGAAGCCGCCUGUCAGGCUUGGUCGACGCCCGGCAAGCACGCCAUGCCGAGUUACACGGUGCACUUCGACAACGAACAGGGUUACCAUCACCUCGGCCUCUUUACGCUGUAG